CAAGGAGAAUGAGAAACUUCAAAAAAUAGAGUUUUGAGCUUUUUUCUUCACCUAGAUUGAAGUGAAAUCAAGAUUUCUUUUUUUUUUCUGCUUGUGUGAUUGAGCAUAAAUAUUUUUCUCUUGGGGGUUGUUAAGUUCUUGAUGUGAAUCUUGAAAUUUUAAAUUUGAAAAGAACAAAAAAAAAAAAACCUUUCUUGUUUUGAAAUGAUUACUCUAAGUUCUUUCAAUGAUUGUGAACUGUCUUGAACUAUAGAAAAGAAGAGAACUUUUUGUAACUUACAAGAACCUCAACAACUGAAUGAAGAUGAAGUCUAUGAAUGAUGAUAGCAGAAGUAGCAACAAUAAUAUCAGUAAUAAUAACAGUGCAGCAGCUAAUACUAACUGGUUGGGUUUUUCUCUCACACCCCACAUGAAAAUGGAGGUUACUAAUUCUUCUGAUACUCAACAUCAACAUCAAUUUGCACAAAGUUUCUAUCUUUCAUCUUCUCCUCCUCCCCCAAUGAAUGUAUCAACAACCUCUGCUCUCUGUUAUGAAAAUAACCCUUUUCAUUCAACCUUAUCUGUCAUGCCUUUGAAAUCUGAUGGUUCUCUUUGCAUUAUGGAAGCUCUAUCAAGAUCUCAUGCUGAUGCUAUGGUGCAAAGUUCUUCACCUAAGCUUGAGGAUUUUUUAGGGGGUGCAAGUAUGGGGAAUAGUCAAUAUGGAAGUCAUGAUAGGGAGGCUAUGGCUUUGAGCUUAGAUAGUUUGUAUUAUCAUCAAAAUGAAGAGGAGAUUCAAGUUCAUAGUCAUCAUCCUUACUAUUCUCCCAUGCAUUGUCAUGGUAUGUAUCAUCAAGAAACACUAUUGGAAGAAACUAAACCAACUCAAAUUUCAAACUGUGAAGCUCAAAUGACUGGGAAUGAGCUGAAAAGCUGGGGUCAGUAUGCUGAACAGCAUGCUAUUGACCAACACAUAAAUGCCACCUGUAGUAUGGUUGCUGCUGCUGCAGCAGCAGCAUCUGGUGGUGGUGGUGGUACCUCUGGUUGUAAUGAGUUGCAGUCUUUAAGUUUGUCUAUGAAUCCUGGUUCUCAGUCCAGCUGUGUCACUCCAAGACAAAUUUCUCCUAGUGGACUGGAAUGUGUAGCUGUAGAAUCAAAAAAGAGGGCCUCUGGUAAAGUUGCUCAAAAACAACCUGUCCACAGGAAAUCCAUUGACACAUUUGGUCAGAGAACUUCUCAGUAUAGAGGUGUCACUAGACAUAGGUGGACAGGUAGGUAUGAAGCACAUUUAUGGGAUAAUAGUUGCAAGAAGGAAGGGCAAACCAGGAAAGGGAGACAAGUUUAUCUUGGUGGCUAUGAUAUGGAAGAAAAAGCUGCAAGAGCUUAUGAUCUAGCUGCACUAAAAUAUUGGGGUCCUUCAACUCACAUCAAUUUCCCAUUAGAAAAUUAUCAGAAAGAACUUGAUGACAUGAAGAAUAUGACCAGGCAAGAAUAUGUUGCACAUUUAAGAAGGAAAAGUAGUGGAUUCUCAAGAGGUGCUUCUAUUUACAGAGGAGUGACAAGGCACCAUCAACAUGGAAGAUGGCAGGCCAGAAUUGGAAGAGUUGCUGGGAACAAAGAUCUUUAUCUUGGCACUUUUAGCACACAAGAAGAAGCAGCAGAGGCUUAUGAUGUUGCUGCAAUCAAAUUCAGGGGUGUAAAUGCUGUUACAAACUUUGACAUAUCGCGAUACGACGUUGAAAAGAUCAUGGCUAGUAAUACUCUGCCUGCUGGUGAAUUAGCUAAGAGAACUAAAGAAAGAGAGUCAAUUGAAUACAACAAUAACACAGGAGGUGUUGGUGGUCAAAAGAAUGAGGAAUGUGUUGACAACAACAACAAUGGGACUAUCACAGAUUGGAAAAUGGUGUUAUAUCAAACAUCCAAUCCUUCACUAGGAUCGAGUUAUCGUAACCCUACAUCAUUCUCCAUGGCAUUACAAGAUUUGAUUGGCAUCGAUUCGAUGACUAAUUCAAAUAACCAUCAUCAUGCCACAAUUCUUGAUCAUGAACAGAACAAGAUUGGUAACCCUUUUUCAAAUGCUUCAUCUUUGGUAACUAGUCUUGGUAGUUCAAGAGAAGCAAGUCCUGAUAAAAGUGCUACUGCUGCCUCAUUAGUCUUUGCUAAGCCUACGAAAUUCGCCGUCCCAACGGCUACUAGUGUCAAUGCUUGUAUUCCCUCAGCCCAAUUAAGGCCAAUUCCAGUCUCCAUGGCUCACCUACCAGUCUUUGCAGCUUUGAAUGAUGCAUGAAAAAUUGCUUUUUUUGGUUACAUGUUGUAACAUUGUUUAUUUUUUUGCAUGAACAAGAAAAAGAAAUUAGUAGUGGUUGGUUGAAAAAAGGUGAAAAAGAAAAGAAAACUAAUGAAGUUGUCGGAUUUUAGCUAGUAUUUUUAUAUAUUUUUUCCUAAUUUUUAAUGUAAGUGGAUGACUUUAGGGUACUAAUAGAGUGGAGGGGCCAAGUUACCAUGUAUUGGAAACUUUUUCAAACUCAAAAAAAAAAGGUAAUGGUAGUAACUUGUUACUCUUAUUCGAUGUUUUGUAUCUGCAUUGACGUUUAUCUAAUGUUAUAACUAUGAAGUUUUAUGUUGU